CGGGAGAUGCUGGAGGUUCGCGAGCCGAAGUGGCUGCAGCUGGCGCCGCGUCUGCCCCGCGUGCCCGGAGCGGAUUCUGCCCGCCGCCCCCGGAGCCCUCGGCGCCCCACUGAACCCGCGAUCGCUUCCUCCCUGUGACCGACCAGCGCUGCAGCUCAGAGCCCGGCAAUGCCGUUUGGGUGUGUGACUCUGGGUGACAAGAAGAACUAUAACCAGCCAUCGGAGGUGACUGACAGAUAUGAUUUGGGACAGGUCAUCAAGACUGAGGAGUUCUGUGAGAUCUUCCGGGCCAAGGACAAGACAACAGGCAAGCUGCACACCUGCAAGAAAUUCCAGAAGCGGGAUGGCCGCAAGGUGCGGAAGGCAGCCAAGAACGAGAUAGGCAUCCUCAAGAUGGUGAAGCAUCCCAACAUCCUGCAACUGGUGGAUGUGUUUGUGACCCGCAAGGAGUACUUUAUCUUCCUGGAGCUGGCCACGGGGAGGGAGGUGUUUGACUGGAUCCUGGACCAGGGCUACUACUCGGAGCGAGACACGAGCAACGUGGUGCGGCAGGUCCUGGAGGCGGUGGCCUACCUGCACUCACUCAAGAUCGUGCACAGGAACCUCAAGCUGGAGAACCUGGUUUACUACAACCGGUUGAAGAACUCAAAGAUCGUCAUCAGCGACUUUCACCUGGCUAAGCUAGAGAAUGGCCUCAUCAAGGAGCCCUGUGGGACCCCCGAGUACCUGGCCCCAGAGGUGGUAGGCCGGCAGCGGUAUGGACGCCCUGUGGACUGCUGGGCCAUUGGAGUCAUCAUGUACAUCCUGCUUUCAGGGAAUCCACCUUUCUAUGAGGAGGUGGAGGAAGAUGACUAUGAGAACCACGACAAGAAUCUCUUCCGCAAGAUCCUGGCUGGCGACUAUGAGUUUGACUCUCCAUACUGGGAUGACAUUUCGCAGGCGGCCAAAGACCUGGUCACAAGGCUGAUGGAGGUGGAGCAAGACCAGCGGAUCACCGCGGAAGAGGCCAUUUCCCAUGAGUGGAUUUCUGGCAAUGCUGCUUCUGAUAAGAACAUCAAGGAUGGUGUCUGUGCCCAGAUUGAAAAGAACUUUGCCAGGGCUAAGUGGAAGAAGGCUGUCCGAGUGACCACCCUCAUGAAACGGCUCAGGGCACCAGAGCAGUCCAGCACGGCUGCAGCCCAGUCUGCCCCAGCCACAGACACUGCCACCUCUGGGGCUGCAGGCGGGGCCACAGCCGCAAGUGGAGCUGCCCCAGCCCUUGGGGGCAGUGCCACCCCAGCCACAGCGGGUGAUGUUACGAAGAGCGAUAAUGUAGCCCCUGCAGACCGUAGUGCCACCCCAGCCACAGAUGGCAGUGCCACUCCAGCCACUGAUGGGAGCAUCACCCCAGCCACUGAUGGGAGCAUCACCCCAGCCACUGAUGGAAGUGUCACCCCAGCCACCGACAGAAGUGUUACUCCAGCCACUGAUGGGAGAGCCACACCAGCCGUGGAAGAGAGCACCGUGCCCACUACCCAAAGCAGUGCCACACUGGCCACCAAGGCUGCUGCCACCCCUGAGCCGGCUUUGGCCCAGCCGGACAGCACAGCCCCAGGGGGCGCAACAGGCCAGGCUCCACCCUCUAGUAAAGGGGAAGAGGCUGCUGGCUCUGCCCAGGAGUCUCGGAGGGAGGAGACCAGCUGAGUGGG